UGAACGACAUAACUUCAACAAUGGUGAAGAGAUGGGCUGUAUUCAGCACAAUUUUUUUAUUCAUAUAUUUUCUUUUUUUAAUUUUUCGGAAUCCCUACAGCAACCAUCAUCAUCCUUACAAAAUAACAAACACUUCUCAUUCCAGAACGAUUAGAAUCAUCAAUGAACACCAAACCAAAUUCAAAUUGAACUGCUUCAAAGGAAACCAGACAAAAACAUGUCCAAAGGAUAAUUCCCUAGUUCCUGCAUUUCAUCAAGAUCAACAUUCAUCAUCAUCAUUAACAUGUCCGGAGUAUUUCAGAUGGAUUCAAGAAGAUCUAAAACCAUGGAAGAACACAGGAAUCACAAGGGAAAUGAUGGAAAGAGGAUUAAACAUUUCACAGCUUAGAAUUAGUAUUAUAAAAGGAAAAGCUUAUGUAGAAGUUUAUGGCGAUUCAUAUCAAACAAGGGAUUUGUAUACUGUUUGGGGAAUAGUACAGCUUUUAAGGUUGUAUCCUGGGAGAGUACCUGAUUUGGAACUAUUGUUUGAGACAGGUGAUGCUCCUGUUUUGGAUAAACGACAAUUUCCAAGUGUGACACCACCACCUAUUGUUAGUUAUUGUGGACAGAAAGAUUCUCUUGAUAUUGUUUUUCCUGAUUGGUCUUAUUGGGGCUGGGCUGAGACUGCAAUAAAACCUUGGGAGAAAGUGUUGAAGGACAUAAAAGAAAGUAGCAAGAAGAUCAAAUGGAAAGAUAGGAUACCCUAUGCUUUUUGGAAAGGAAACACAUAUUUGUCCCUUGCAAGACAAACUCUAUGGAAGUGUAAUGUCACAGAUGAACAAGAUUGGAAUGCUCGUGUAUAUUCAGUGAAUUGGAAUAAUGAAACUCUACAAGGUUUCAAGAACACAAAACUAGAAGAUCAAUGUACACACAGGUACAAGAUUUAUGUAGAAGGGAUAUCAUGGUCUGUGAGUGAAAAAUAUAUAUUAGCAUGUGACUCAAUGACCAUGUUCAUAAAGCCUACAUUUUAUGAUUUCUUUUCAAGAAGCCUAGUACCUUAUAAGCACUUUUGGCCCAUCAGUAAUAAAAGUAUAUGUGAAGACAUUAAGUAUGCUGUAGAUUGGGGCAAUGCUCAUCCAGAGAAGGCAAAAGCAAUUGGCAGAGAAGGGACAAGAUUUGUUGAAGAGAAUGUAAAGAUGAAGUUUGUGUAUGAUUAUAUGUUACAUCUAUUGAUUGAAUAUGCAAAGCUUUUGAGAUUUGAACCAACCAUACAUCCAGAUGCUGUUGAGGUUUGUUCUGAAAAUUUGGCAUGUCCAGCGGGUGGUUUGUGGAGGAAGUUUAUGGUUGAUUCUAUGGUUAAGUCACCAAGUCAGACAUCUCCAUGUACAAUGUUUUCUCCUUAUGAUGAACAAUAAGGAAAGAAGGAGUAAUUAAUAUUUUUGAGCAGAGUUAACUUUAGCCUUAAGAAAAGAAGAAGAAA